UCUCUCAUCACUAAUAAAGUGCAACUUUUAUUCUGAUAAGAACAGCUGCAUUUCCUGCUGUUCAAAAUUUUCUAUUAUUGUUUAUACAAAUCGAUUUAAAGUAAAAAACCAACUGCAUACAAACGAAACACCAUUAAAGUUGUUUCAUUAUUAUAAAUAUGAGUCUCGAUGACGUGAUUUACGUGCUUUGUCUACUCGGCUGCAUUGGUGCGGGGCAUUACGUCAAAAAGAUAGGCGAUGAGACACAACGAAAAUUUAUUAGCACCGGUCUCGGUUUACUGGUGGUUUUCAUUGCAUCGGGCUUCCAUGCGCUACAUUGCAUUAUAUCGACAACGAUUGGAGCGCUAGUGGUUAUCUAUAUGCACCCAAGUCGUUGCCAUUUGGUAACAUUUUGCAUAAUGUUCGGCUAUUUGGUAUUCUUUCGUUUAGUACACAUAUUUGGUUUACCAAAUUACCCCGGUCAUACCAAUAUGAUACAGAUGAUAUUAACAUUGAAGGUUUCGGGCAUUGCUUUCGAGAAAACUGCCGCUUGGAAGAAGUUGCGACAGCGCGACAAAGAAAUUGCCGAAAGGCAGCGCGCUGAGGGUGUAACUUCUUCUGAGCCACUUGUGGAAAUCACCGAUUACGAUGCGGAGUUGCAGGAUAUAGGAUUCGCUGAGAUUUUCCAUUAUUGCUUUAACUACAUAGGUGUACUAACAGGUCCAUAUUACCGCUAUCGCACAUACCUUGAUUAUUUCGAGAUGCCAUUUAAAGACUAUGCGCCACAUAUAAGCGCAACAAUAGAGAAACUCAAAUAUGCUGGUCUCUAUUGUGCGCUAUAUCUUGUAGCAAACUACAUAUGGCCACUUGAGUAUGCCUUAAGCGCGGAAUUCUAUCAAGAGUGUUCCUUUAUAUACCGUCUUAUGUAUGUGUGGCCGACAUUCUUCACCUUCCGCAUGCGUAUCUACACCGGCCUGACAUUGAGUGAAUGCGUCUGCACAAUGGCAGGGUUUGGUGCCUAUCCCGAUGAGGCGGAUGUGGCAAACGGUGAGGGACCACGUAAGCAGUAUGCUCAUUUGAGACGUGAUGCCGACAAGCGUACAUACAAUUUUACUACCAUUGUAAAUACGCGCGUACGUAGCGUCGAGACAUGUUGGACCUUCCGUGAGGGCAUGAAACACUGGAAUAUUUGCAUACAGUAUUGGUUGGCUGUGAAUGUUUACAAGCUGUUCCCAAGCAAGCAGUACAGAACUAUCGUCACAUUGCUUUGCUCUGCCUUUUGGCAUGGCUUUCGUCCGGGACACUAUUUCUGUAUUAUGGGUGCGCCAUUUUACGUUUCAUUGGAGGAUAUGUGGCAUAAAUUGGUGCGCAAGGAUGCUACCGGCCUACAACGUCAAGUUAUCGAUGUACUCUUUUGGAUAGCGAAAUUCUUUGCAUUCAGCUAUUUGGGCAUCUCAUUUCUACUGGCCUCAUUCUCUAAUAUCUGGAAAUACUACAGUUCGGUGUAUCAUAUUGGUUAUGUGGAAUGGUGUGUCUUUAUGGUUUUAGGCAAAUAUUUGCUGAAUUUGAAAAAGUCAGCUGAAAAGCGUCAGCAAAAACAAAACGAGAUUGCAGAAAGUGAAAAGGAGCAAAUGAAAAAAGUGGCAUAAAUCCAAGAAACGGCCUUAGAAACCUAGAACUAAGGCAUAUAUUUAUAUAUGAGCUAUAUUAGUUACUAUAUAUGUAUCGAUAUGCUGUUAUGAUGCUGAAGAUUAGGUAUGUACAGAGUUUACAUAGCUUUAUUAUGUAUGCGUCAAUGUGGAAUGGUGUAUCACCGUAUUUGAUGGAUAUUCA